CAAGCAGUGGAGAUCUCACUCAAACUUCAGAGAAAGCAAGUGAUAAACCAGAGAGAAAGAGUAGAGAGAACUUGAUUAGGAAAAAUGGUUAGAACUCCUUGCCGCGAUGAAAAUGGAAUGAAGAAGGGUACGUGGACACCUGAUGAAGACAGGAAGCUAAUUGCUUAUGUCACCAGGUAUGGCUACUGGAAUUGGCGCCAACUUCCCAAAUUUGCAGGUUUGUCGAGGUGUGGGAAGAGUUGCAGACUGCGGUGGAUGAAUUAUUUGAGGCCAAACAUCAAGAGAGGAAACUACAGCAAAGAAGAAGAGGAAACUAUUGUCAAAUUACACGAAAAAUUGGGGAAUAGAUGGUCUGCUAUAGCAGCUCAGCUACCAGGAAGAACGGACAAUGAGAUCAAAAAUCACUGGCAUACAAACCUCAAGAAGCGCACGAAUAAUAAACAGUGCAACUCAUCAUUUUCAUCAUCAGCCACAAAUUCUGAAGAAACUCCCAGUUACUCAAGCCUUGAAGCAGCAGUGGAUCAACCAAUUAAGAAGGCUAUUUUUCCAAAUACAGAAAGUACCGUUACCUCUCAAGUAACCCAAAAAACUGAUGAUCGUGUUGAUAAUAGCUCCCAACUUUCGCCGUCUCCACAACCGUCAUCGAGUGAAGUCUCAUCCAUGAGUGCAGAUAAUAAUUGGGUUAAUUAUGUGGAAGACAUCAAUGCUACUUCCAUGGAAGCAUAUGCAGAUAGUCAGUUCAUCGAUGAUUUCUGGACCGAGCCUUUUUUGGCUGAUAAUUCCUACAUUCCAAGUGGGUUUUACACGCCCUUGAUGGAUUCCGAGUUUGUGUAUUCACUAUUUGGUGGAGAUUUCUUGUAAAGUGAGGUCGUCUUAUCUAAUCAAAAUAUCAUUUUAUGCUUGGAGAUACAAUGUAAUGCCAGCAUUUUGUGUUUUUGUGAUGAACAAGAACUUUCCUAUAAAAAAUUACAGCAUGAUGAAAUUACAAUUCUUUAUCUUAUUUA